AAACACUUUAACAUUCACGACAGAGUUGGACAUAUAGUAAAGGAGCCCACACCUCAAAAUCUGUGAACGACCGCGUUGGACCCCGACGGCGACGGGUGGAACGGGCUGCUGGUGAAUUUGGUGAUUGCUGAAUUUGAACCGGCGGCAGCUGUGUCAUGGAGAAGAUGAAUCAGGCGUUUGAGAAAAUGAAAAUGUUAGUAGGAGUUGAGGUGGACGACGAACGCCAAGCUUCUACUGCUACCAUUGAUGACGGUAACUCUUCCUGGUUUAUGGAUGAUUUCAAUCGCAAUUGCACGCUGUCCACAAAACAGCGAUUUUAUGGUUUUGCCAUAUGCUUUGUUGCUGGUGUAACAUGUACGUUGAUGUCUAUGCUUGUUUUCUUCAAUCCAAUCAAAUUUGGAAUAGCUUUCACAUUGGGAAACAUGCUAUCACUUGGAAGCACAGCAUUUCUCAUAGGCCCCAAAAGGCAAGUGACAAUGAUGCUUGAUCCUGUUCGGAUUUAUGCAACAGCUAUAUACCUUGCUAGCAUGAUAUUUGCCCUUUUUUGUGCUCUCUAUGUUCACAACAAGGUGUUGACACUUCUUGCACUCAUUUUGGAAUUUGGUGCCCUAAUUUGGUAUAGCUUGAGCUAUGUACCUUUUGCAAGGUCGAUGGUUUCAAAGGUUAUGGUAGCUUGUUUGGAUACUGAGUUCUAGGGAAUGCUCUGAAAUCAGCAUUGGUUCUUGUGGCGCGGCGUUGGCUCUCGACAUUGCCACAUGCACAACAAGGUGGCAUCAUCGAACUAUGUUGUAUAAUGUGUGUUUUUAGGCCAUGUUUAUGUCUGCUUAGGCAUCUCUUACUCUCUCGCUCAAACUAAUAUCUUCUAAUGUGAGUGAGUACAGCGUGUGCUUUAAACAGUAUUCUAAGCCUUGGCGAUAAUAUAUUCUCACUUGUGUCAUUCUUGAAGGGAUUGAGUAGAAGUAGGCUGCCUAACAUGUGGAAUGAGUUCAUAAAAUAACACCUGACAUUGGUGGAAUGACCUCUUUUGAUGUAAUGUAACUUUUAUUUCUUUGACGAAAGUUUGGAGUUUCUUUGUACGAAAAAGGAAAAAAAAACGCACUCGGUUGGUCUGGCCUUUUUGUUUGAAUGCACUUAUGAACAAAUGAUAUUCAGUUUUUGUUGAUAGGCAAA